AUGUUAAAAAAAAAAACUUCAAGAUCUGGUUCUGUGAUUAGCGAUAGCGGCAGAAUUCCCGUAAAUCUCGGUUUACCUGAUAACAUGGAUAUAGAAUUACUACCGAUUGUCAAAGAUUUAUGUCGUGAAGCUAUUAAUCGUGAAUCUAAUCAAAAAAUUUUUCAUGAUUCAAUAGAUAAUCAAAAACCUAAAAAAAAAUUAUCAAAAAAAGUUUCUCUUGAUAAUUUAAUUUCAAAAUUUCAUCAUCAUCACCCAACAAAUGAAAUGAAAUUAUCAAAAUCUUUUAAUAAGUCAUCUGUGAGUCCUAUUAUACCUUAUAAAACUCCUCAAAAUUUUAAUAAGUCAACUUUGGAGGACCCUAUACCUUAUGAAGCUCCUCAGACUUUUAAUAAACCUACUUUGGGUCCUAUUCCUUAUGAAGCUUCUCAUAAGUCAACUUUGGGUCCUAUUCCUUAUGAAGCUUCUCAGACUUUUGAUCAAUCAACUUUGGAUGAUCCUAUUCCUUAUGAAGCUCCUCAAAGUAGUGCUGAAGUAAAUACCCAGAAAAUUAUUUCUGAUAGGUCUCCUCUAAAACCUAUUCCUCCUACUUCUCAAGUUCAAAAUGAUCAAUAUUAUAUGCCUCCACCUAACAAAAAAAUUACUGGUGAUGGUAAUAGGAUGAAAGUUAAAACUUCUUCUGGUAAAAUUUAUGAGGUAGAUAGAUGGUGUCCACAUGCUAAAACUGACCUUAGUGCUCGGGGUGUAGUAAUAGGAUCAAAACUUUUUUGCGCUAAGCAUAAAUGGGCUUUUGAUUUAGAAAAUGGUGGAAAAUGUAUCUCUAACAAUAAUGACGCAACAAUUAAUGCUUGCGCGGUCUAUGAUUGGUAA